AUGAAAGUUGAACCCAUUUUUCGUGAACGUCGCAUCAUUCGUAGAAAGAAACAUUUUGAUGAAAAUGCUAGUAAAGAGAUGGCAAUGACAGCUGAAGAAUCCUUUAGAGUCAAUUACUUCAUAUAUAUCGUUGAUCAAGCUCUUUCUUCACUCAAGAGUAGAUUUGAACAGUUUCAACAGUAUGAUGAAUCUUUUAGUUUCUUAUUUAAUUUGGAGAGGUUGAAGUCUGCAGAUAAUAAUAGUUUGAAGUGUUCAUGUCUUAACCUUGAAGAUCUCCUAAAGCAUGACAAAAAUUUUGAUAUUAAUGGGACAGAAUUAUUUUCAGAACUCCAAAUCUUAAGAGAAGCAUUACCAAGAGGAACAAAAAAAGCAAUUGAAGUAUUGAAUUUUAUGGAAAGGCUAAAUUGUUGUUUUCCAAAUGCUUGGAUUGCUUAUAGAGUAUUAUUGACAAUACCAGUUACAGUUGCAUCGGCCGAGAGAAGCUUUUCAAAGUUGAAGCUCAUCAAAUCUUAUCUACGGUCAACAAUGUCACAAGAGAGAUUGAAUGGAUUGGCUAUGAUAUCUAUCGAAAAAAAUUUAUUGGCGAAGCAUGAUUAG